GGGUGCACAGCACUCAUGGCCCUCUUGAUCACUCUUCUUUGCUCCCUGGCAGCAUCGCUGCUUGGUGGGCUCUACCUCGUGGGAGCAUUUCGGAGGAGGAGACCCCAUGAGCCCCCCCUGGACAAAGGUCUCAUCCCGUGGCUGGGUUACGCGCUGGACUUCAGAAAGAACAGCUCUGAGUUUCUGAAGAGAAUGCAGAGGAAGCACGGGGAUAUUUUCACUGUGCUACUCGGGGGCUAUUACUUCACCUUCGUGAUGGACCCCUUUUGCUUUGGUGCCAUCGUGAAGGAAUCGCGAUCCAAACUAGACUUCGAGAAGUUUGCAACCGAGCUGGUCCUCCGUGUUUUUGGAUACCAGCCCAUCGCAAACUCCCACAAGAUUAUUCAGCUAUCGAGCACGAAGCAUCUGAUGGGAGACGGGCUGAUUGUCAUGACACAAGCCAUGAUGGACAACUUGCAGAAGCUGAUGCUUUAUAAGUUGAACUCGGGAGAGGGGGAGCAAAUGUGGCAAGAAGACGGGCUCUUCAACUACUGCUACAACAUCGUCUUCAGAGCUGGGUACCUGGCUCUAUACGGCAGUGAGCCCUACCAAGGGGCAGAUAACAAGGAGAAAGCCAAUGAGCGCGAUCGUGUCCGAUCUGAUGAGCUGUUCUAUGAAUUUCGGAAGUACGAUCGCCUCUUCCCACGCCUGGCCUAUGCCGUGUUGCCUCCCAAGGACAAGAUUGAAGCUGAGCGGCUCAAGAGGCUCUUCUGGAGGAUGCUCUCGGUGAAGAAGAGCCAGCAGAAGGACAACAUCAGUAGAUGGGUAAGUGACCAAGACCAGUUCAUGGCAGAAAACGGGGUCCCUGAGUACAUGAGGGAUCGUUUCAUGUUUCUGCUCCUCUGGGCAUCCCAAGGCAAUACGGGCCCAGCUUCCUUCUGGCUCCUCUUGUACCUAAUGAAACAUCCCGAAGCUAUGAAGGCUGUGAAGGAAGAAGUGGAUAAAGUCUCCAGGGAGAGCGGCCAGGAAGUGAAGCAAGGUAGCCCACCAAUUAAUGUCACCAAGGACAUGUUAGACCAGACCCCUGUGCUGGACAGUGCUCUGGAGGAGACCCUGCGGCUGACCGCAGCCCCCAUCCUUAUCAGAUCCGUCCUGCAGGACAUGACCCUCAAAACGGACAAGGGGACGGAGUACACCCUGCGCAGUGGGGACAGGGUGGCCUUGUUCCCACACGCCUCUCUGCAGAUGGACCCAGAAAUCUACCCCGAGCCUCAGCAGUUCAAAUACGACCGCUUCCUGAACCCAGACGGCACCAAGAAAUCUUUCUACAAGGAUGGGAAAAAGCUGAAAUACUAUAACAUGCCCUGGGGAGCGGGGACAUCCAUCUGUCCCGGGCGGUUCUUCGCCACCAACGAAAUGAAACUCUUUGUGUUCCUGAUACUUUCCUACUACGACCUGGAGCUGCUCAACGAGGAAGAGGAGGUCCCACCGAUCGACUCCAGCCGCUGGGGGUUCGGGAUGAUGCAGCCUGUUCACGACGUUCGCUUCAGAUACCGGCUGCGCUUUUAGUUUGAAAGCCCUCGUUAUGUUCGGCCUCAUGGCUUGAUUUUGCAC